AUGCCAACUAUGCCAUUGGAAGAAGCUGUAAAAAGUAUCACAAAAUUUUAUCCAAAGUUCCUUGGUGAUGCUGAAGAAGCUAAAGAAAAGAGCAAGAAAACCAUUGUUUUAUCGAUAGAUGCAUCAGCAGCCAUCUAUCUUUAUACAAUGAAUCGUGGCUUCUACAAAGAGCUGAAUAAGAUGCUUCGAAACGAAGAUCCAGAUGCACUACAACCGUGGCUUGCAUACUUGAAACUUUUCAUCACUGUUCUCGAAAAAUUACCGUCAUGUUCGAAGACAGUGUGGCGAGGUGUUAGAGACAGAACUGGAACCUCCAACUUGGCUGUAAGUCAAAGAUUCAUUUGGUGGAGUGUGAAUUCAUGUACUUCGGAUAUAAAAGCAGCUGAAUGUUUUAAAGGCGACAGUGGAGCUCUGCUCUGCAUCAAUGCUAUUUAUGCCAAAGAUAUCACCACAUAUUCAGCAAUGAAAGACGAAGAAGAAAUCAUUCCUAUUCCUGGCACUUGCUUACGGAUCGAAUCAUUAUCACUCGAAAAUACUGGAGGGUGGGUGUAG